AUGGAUGUAAGCAUUGACGAACUCCCCGCUUUGUGCAUUCUUCUGACAGUGCCGAUUAGCGGUAUCACAACCAAUCUUGCCAUCAUAGUCUUCGCCUCGUCCUUGGGUCGCUGGGUUGAUCAUGCGCCGUCGCGGCUUCGGACCCUCUUGACCACCGUCUCUGUCAAUCGUGUUGUUGUGAUCGCGGCCUGUGUCUGCUGGGCCAUCGUCAUCACCAAGGACGUUCAAGAAGAAAUUCCCACGUCAACCGAUGCCGCCAUUGGUACCACUGACGCUCGACCAUUGAAGCUGCACCAGUGGAAAGACGCCAUCUUUCUCCUGAUCCUGGCGCUGGGAAUUCUGGAAAGAUUGUCUCGAGUAGCUAACCUCAUCUCCAUCGAGCGUGACUGGGUCCCAUCCAUGGUCGCUGCUGGCACUACAUACAAGCAGCAAGCGCCUUACGAUCUUUCGCGUCUCAACGCGGUUAUGAGCCGCAUAGAUCUCAUAUGCAAGCUUGGCUCUCCAAUAGCGAUCUCGGCCUUCAUGUCUGCCACGAACUCGCCUCGGCUAGGAGCUGUUCUGCUAAUCGGCCUCAACUUCCUGACUUGGCCAUUUGAAUACUGGACGGCAAGACUGGUCUGGCAGGGCAACGAGCAGCUGCGACAAGAAAAAGUGGUCGAUGGGUCUGGAGUCAAAGAGUGCGCAAUUAGCGGACGCAACGAUGGCGCUGGCUUUACCUUGCACAACCUCCUCGAUGCCCUCAAGGCUACAUCAGGCUGGGUUGUCCAAUACGGAUGCAGUCUGCAGCAGUACUUCGGGACGGAAGUCUGGAUGCCGUCGCUGGCCAUGUCGAGUCUGCACUUCUCGGUCCUGACCUUCUCAUCCACCCUCAUCGUCUUCCUCGUCAACUCAGGCUUCUCCAUGACGCUCAUCACAUGGGCCGAAGUCCUGAGCGCCGCAUUCGAACUGAGCAGUACCUUCCUUUUCCCCUGGGCCGUGCGCCUUCUCGGCAACAGCGAGCGCACCGCAUACCAACCCCUCUCGGACGGCGAGACCACGAGCACGCCCACGACCCCUCUACCCUCCACUUUCUCCGUGCACGAAGCCAUCCAAACCCACGACUCGAACCCCACCUCACAAAGCCAAACCGCCGGCGUCUCGCGCCUCGGUCUCCUAUCUAUCACCCUCACCCUCCUCACCCUCAUCCCCUCCGUCCCCGCCAUUUGGCGCAUCUCCACCGCCUGGCCCACCACCCCCAACUCACCCACCGCCUGGCAAACCCACACCGCCACCGCCCUCCUCAUCAUCAUCUCCGUCUCCGCCUCCCGCCUCGGUCGCUUCACGGGCAGUCUGUGCGCGCAGCAACUGGCGCAGAGCUGCGUGGGGCCGGCGUCGCGGUCCACGUUCGCGGGCACGGAAGCGAGUCUGGCGUCGACGUUCGGUCUGGCGCAUUAUGCGGCCACGGUGGUUUGGAGCUCGCGUGAGGAGUUCCGGUGGGUUGCGCUGAGUAGUGUGCUGGUUGUGGCGGGCGGGGCGGGGUUGUACGCGUUUUGGCUGAUGGGUCGGAGGAGGGUGUUGGGACGAUGA